AUGAGGCGGAGAUCGGGAGGAAAACAUCAGAUGGCAGCGUGCUGCUUUUGCAAGAAGCGAAGAAAAAAAUGCGACGGGAAAUACCCUAGCUGCUCUGCCUGUCUCAAGCUGGGAAUUGAUUGCACGGUGAUCGACCCUCCUACAGGAAGAGAAAUCAAGCGGAAUUAUUUGGAGAUUUUAGAAACACGACUACAGCAGCUCACUGCCCGGUUGGAGAGCGCUGGUAGCUCUCAACAAGAAAGUUCAGUCGAAGUGCCACAGGUCCAGAACCCUGCGUCCACCAAAUCUGAUCUCGCUCAACAGGUUGGGUACAUUACAUUGCAGGCAGCGGGAGAAUCAAGAUAUUUGGGAGAAAGCAGUGCCUACUACAUUGCAAAGACCAUUAGCGAGUCUAUCAAUUGUUACACUGCAAAGCCCAACACCACAACUUCUGGCAUUGAAGAGGCCGAGCCUCCGCAAACCGUCUUUUCCAAACCAUCAAAGAAACUUGCCUCCUCGUAUCUCACGGCAUACAAGAACUAUGUUCAAUGCCAGUACCCAUUUCUGGAUUGGAAUAGCACUUUGACAAUGUUCAACCAAGUGAUGAACGACGACUCGCAGGACCCAGAGUCAUUGUUUUUCGUGUACAUCAUUUUUGCCAUAGGUACCCAGUUGCUUGAGGACCGUACUCAGACAUCCAAGAAGCGAAGCUACUACGAAAAAGCGUUCGAGAAUAUUGGCUCGGUCAUUGGAGCCACUACUCUGCGCGCCGUCCAGGCGUAUUUGUUGAUCACUGUUUUCGCCCAGAAAAUGCCUGAUGGAUCAUCGUGCUGGCAGACCACAGGUCUUGCCAUCCGAACCGCGGUGGCGUUGGGUCUUCACCGCAAACCGUACCGCAGCUGUGACGCAAAGCUUGAGGAGCUCAGGUCACGUGUUUUCUGGUCGGCAUAUGGGAUGGAGAGAAUUAACGCUCUGGUUCUUGGAAGACCGUUCAGCAUUUCGGAUGCGGACAUUGACGCCCCAUUUCCUCCGCACUCAGAGGAGACGAGAGUGGCCUGUCAUGUGGCACGGCUACGGCAAAUACAAUCGAGUAUCUGCACGUUUAUUUACAAGCCUGCACAUUUAUUAGGGAACCCAGCAGACGUUGAGGCCACGCGCGUACAGAUAGUUGUGGAGCUGAACGACUGGAUGGCAACGUUCCCAUCCAAGGACGAUGCGGUUUCAACUUUUGAAACUGACAAUUGGUCGAUCAUCUCGUACCACAAUUCCAUGCUGCUUCUACUUCGGCCAGUGGUAUUAGAAGUAGCAAAACUGAGAGAAAAGGCCCCUAAAGAAGCUCUUGACUGGUUCAGAAUUUUUACAGAGUCUGCCUCUGCUAUCUGCAUCAACUACAAAAACAUCCACGCAAAAGGCAAACUGAGCUACACCUGGCUAGCCAUGCAUUGCUGUUUCGUUUCCGGAAUCUCGUUCAUAUAUUGUCUCUGGCUCGAUGCAGGGCUUGGUGUGCUGAAAUGGAAGCGCAAAUCAUCUAUUUACGAGACCAUCAAUGCCUGCUCCAGCAUCUUGUAUGUAAUGGCCGAGAAGUGGCCUUCGGCUUGCAUGUUUCGAGACACGUUUGAGCAGAUUUCAAAGGCUGCUCUGUGCCACCUCGAAUCGAGCAGUGAACAAUCGGCAGAUUUCUCCAACGGUGGACUUCUGGAAGGGACAAUUGGCAUAGACCACUAUCUGCGCAACUUGAGCUCGCAGCAGAAACAGAAUUCGACAGACGGAAUGGCAUUUGCUCCGCCAAGCGACAACAUUCUCGAAAAGGAUGCCGAUGGUCAAGUCUCCGACUCACUGUGGCAGUUUCUAGACACCACAGGAGACAGAUUUUUGCGAAACAUAUUUUACGACAUGGAAGAUAACCUUCUUCUUUAG